AUGUCUUCAUUGCAGAAAAAAGUUCAAACUCUGGUUGACAUAAUUAAAGAAAAUUGCAAGCUUAAAAAUGUCGAUGCUACACGUAGGAAAUUAGAAAAGAUAGUGAAAGACGGUCUUGAAAACUUACAAGUUGUUUGUGAAUUAGAUAAAACAUUAACAAGAGAAGAAAAAACACCCUUCAUGGUUGAAUGGUGGGAAAAGGCUCAUGAACUUUUAAUAAAUCAACAUAUCAAUAAAAACGAUAUAAAAGAUAUGGUAGCAGAAACUCCUGUAGAAAUGAGACCAGGACUGGAUGUAUUAAUUGAAAAAUGCAAGAAUAAUAAUAUACCGUUCUUAAUAUUUUCUGCCGGAAUUGCUAAUGUCAUUGAACAAGUCCUUAUCGCGAAGAACCUUAAUCAUCCUGAUAAUAUGCAUAUUGUCUCUAAUCAAAUGGGGUUUAAUCCUGAAACUGGAAUAUGUGAUCAUUUUGAAGAACCUCUUAUUCACAUUUUCAACAAAAGUGAGAUUAUGAUUAAGAAAAGCCCUUAUUAUGCCACUAUAAAAAAUCGCGGAAAUGUUAUUUUACUGGGCGAUUCUGUUGGUGAUAUACAUAUGGCUGACGGAAUUCAGCACGAGACUUGUUUGACUAUCGGUUUCUUAAAUCAUGAGGUUGAGCAUUUUAUAAAUAUCUAUUUAGAAACUUUCGAUAUUGUUGUGGUCGAUGAUGGACCAAUGAAUAUAGUAAAUAGUAUCAUAGAUGCUUGUUCUAAAGAUUCAUGA